AUGAAACCCGAUAGUCUCGAGAUUGAGACAGGGUUCAAAUGUUCAACUGCAGAGAUCCCUCCUCCUCCUCAGCUCGUGGCACCUGCAAUGGAGGGGCUGAAGCCGGCGAUAUCCCUGACGGAGAACGCACUAAAGCAUCUGAAUAAGAUGAGAUCAGAACGCGGGGAAGAUUUGUGCUUGAGAAUUGGUGUCAAACAGGGAGGAUGCUCCGGGAUGUCUUACACGAUGGACUUUGAGAACAGAGCCAACGCAAGACCUGAUGAUUCUACCAUUGAAUACCAAGGAUUCGCUAUAGUUUGUGAUCCGAAGAGCAUGCUCUUCCUUUUCGGAAUGCAGCUCGAUUACAGCGAUGCUUUAAUCGGUGGAGGCUUCUCUUUCUCGAACCCUAACGCUACACAAACCUGUGGAUGUGGCAAGUCUUUUGCUGCCGAGAUGUAA